UAAAAAGCAGAGUGGACAUAGAAAAGAAAAAAAGAAAGAAAGAAAGAAAAGAGUGACUUCACUCUAAUCAGAUACACAACACAACUUAAGAAAACCCCAUUAAUCCUUUUUUUUUUUUUCUUUUUUCUUUUUUGAUUCUUUCUUUUCCUUGUCUCUCUCUCUCACAUUUUCUCAUUGUAAGUGCUUUCAUCGCUCUCCCUCUCUCUAAAGUUCAUUCUGCAUUAUUGAAGUUUCCAUUUCUAAUGUACGAUCUUAUGCGGGUAUAUCGUCGGUGAAGAAGAGAAGAUGAUGUUCACCAAUAAAUGGGUUCAAGAGAAUUUGUAUCAGGAAACUGCUACCAAGAGAAAGGAUGUCUCCAAUUUCAUUAUAACUGAGAAACUAAGUUCUGAACCUUUUGGUCAUAUGAAAAUGGGUGGAGGAGGUGGCUUUGGGUUGCCUUCUCCGGCUAAAUUCCGUAGUGGGCACAUGGCAUUCGAUGCAAUUCCUGUGUCACGAGCUAUACCUGUGAGGGGGAAAAGUGGGGGGUCUGGAUCAGACAUGGAUACAUCUUCUGACUCCGAAGAUGAGGUCUAUGGGGAUCAAUACUCACUGGAUUCAUCUCCUCAAGAUGAUAAGAUUUCCAAUAUUGUGGCUUCUAGACAUACUUCUCCAAUGAAAAGGAAUGGGAAUUAUAACGUUGAUGAACUUUCAGAUUCUUGCUAUAGCACUAAAGGUUCAUAUAUGCAACAGAAAAGCAUGAAUAAUUCCCAUUACCAUAGUGGAGUAUAUACCUCAAACAGUUAUUCUCCCAGUGUUACUUCACAGGCAAAACCUGAUGUGACAGCUAAACAGGAUUACAGUGAGACAACAAUGAAGAUCAGAAAGUUUGUAUAUAAAGAUAUGCCCAGUGCACCUCCUAUCAGUUCUGGUCCAGAAAUUGAACACAUGACCGAGAAUAUUUCAACUUUUGAAGAUAAUGGCAUACCUCGUUCGGCUAAUUUGAAUAAUUUGCCAGCCACAUAUGAAUCAAAAUCAUCAAAUCAUGUUCAUUUUAGCUCAACUAUACUGGAUGGAACUCGCAAUGGGACUCCUAACCCAGCAGAAAGGAUUGCAGCUGGAAAAGAAGUUAAUGUACCUUCAAGUUCUUUACCUGCUCGCCUCCCCACAUUUCAUGCAAGUGCACAAGGUCCUUGGUGUGCUGUGAUUUCCUAUGAUGCAUGUGUUCGGCUAUGUCUUCACUCAUGGGCCAAAGGUUGCACUGAAGAAGCUCCAUACUUUUUGAAAGAUGAAUGCGCGUCUUUGCGCUAUUCAUUUGGUUUACAGCAUGUAUUAUUACAACCAGAAGAAGAGCUUUUGGCGAAACGAUCUUCAGAGGUGGUAAGUGAGGGAGUUGCUUCAAAAUCUAAGAAAACUUUUGGCAAGAUGAAAGUGCAAGUACGCAAAGUGAAAAUGGGUUUGGAUCCACCUGCUGGCUGCAGUUUUUCAUCUCUGAACCCAUCUAUGAUAAAACUGGAACCACUUCGCCAACAUUUGUCAACUUUAAGUUUAAUAUUACAUUCUGGAUGGGAAGCUGUGCGGAAAGUUCGUGUGACUCCCCAUAUUCCUCCAAACGGUUCUCUUUCACAACAAAGUCUGGCAUACAUGCGGGCUAGCACUCAGUACAUGAAACAAGUCUCCAGGCUAUUGAGAGAUGAGGUUAAAACUUUGCGCAACAGUCCCUCAUCAUAUGAAGUAGUACAAGAAACACAUACUUGCUCGUUGAGAUUGAAAAGCUCUUCUGAAGACGAUUCAGUUCGAAUGCAACCAGGAUCUGGUGAAACUCACAUGUUCUUUCCUGAUAAUCGUAGUGAUGACUUGAUCAUCGAAGUCCAUGAUUCCAAGGGAAAAUAUUGUGGUCGUGUGCUGGCUCAAGUGGCUGCUAUCGCUGAUGACCCAACUGACAAGCUUCGGUGGUGGCCCAUAUACCAUGAGCCCGAACGUGAACUCAUUGGAAGAGUACAGUUGUAUAUAAAUUAUUCAACUACUCCAGAUGAGAGUAAUCAUCCUAAGUGUGGUUGUGUUGCAGAAACUGUAGCAUACGACUUUGUUUUGGAAGUUGCCAUGAAAGUUCAACAUUUUCAACAAAGAAAUUUAUUGCUAAAUGGCCCAUGGAAGUGGUUAGUGACUGAAUUUGCAUCUUAUUAUGGUGUAUCAGAUGCAUAUACCAAAUUAAGAUAUCUUUCCUAUGUCAUGGAUGUGGGUACACCCACCAAAGACUGUCUUGACUUGGUAUAUGAUUUGCUACAACCUGUAAUUAUGAAGGGUAAUAGGAAAAGUGUAUUGAGUCAUCAAGAGAAUCGCAUCCUUGGUGAGGUUGAGGAUCAAAUUGAACAAAUUCUUGCUCUGGUUUUUGAGAAUUACAAGUCACUGGAUGAAUUAGCACCAUCUGGUAUGAUGGAGAUUUUUGGCCCUGCCACUGGAUUGGCAGCUCCUGCAUUGGCACCUUCUGUCAAGCUAUAUUCUCUCCUGCAUGACGUAUUAAGUUCUGAGGUGCAAUUGAAGUUUUGCAGAUAUUUUCAGGCUGCUGCAAAGAAGAGGUCAAGAAUGCAUAUGGCUGAGACAGAUGAAUUUAUAAGCAGUGCUGAGGGCACAUUGCUGGAUCCCAUGGUUGUUUCAACUUCUUAUCAAAAGAUGAAAUCUCUUAUUUUAAGUAUUAGAAAUGAGAUUUGCACUGACAUACAGAUCCACAAUCAGCAUGUACUCCCCAGUUUUAUAGACCUUCCAAAUCUGUGUGCUUCCAUAUACAGUGUGGAUCUUUCCAGUAGAUUGCGCACAUUUCUUGUUGCAUGUCCUCCUCCUGGCCCCUCACCACCCAUCUCUGAACUUGUUAUUGCAACAGCAGACUUUCAAAUGGAUCUUGCUUCUUGGAACAUUAAUCCUGUGAAAGGCGGAGUGGAUGCCAAAGAGUUGUUCCACUCAUAUAUAACUCGUUGGAUCCAAGACAAGCGUCUUACCUUGCUAGAAUUGUGCAAAUUAGAUAAGGUGAAGUGGUCUGGUGUCAGAACUCAACAUUCAACAACUCCUUUUGUUGAUGAGAUGUAUGAGCAUUUGAUGAAUAUGCUGAAUGAAUAUGAAGUAAUAGUUUCCCGUUGGCCAGAUUAUAUUGUUGUCUUGGAGAAUGCCAUUGCAGAUGUUGAGAAGGCAAUCAUUGAAUCUUUGGAUAAGCAGUAUGCUGAUUUCUUAUCACCAUUGAAGGACAGUCUAGCACCCAAAAUCUUUGGCCUCAAAUAUGUUCAAAAGUUUGCCAAACGGACAGGGGAAGCUUAUACUGUCCCUGAUGAGUUGGGAAUAGUUCUGAAUUCCAUGAAAAGGAUGCUGGAUGUGCUGCUGCCCAAGGUUGAGACUCGGAUGAAAACAUGGAUUUCUUGCACCCCUGAUGGUGUAGAUACAGUCGCAGGAGAAUGUCUUAGUGAAAUUACAGUUCUACUCAGGUCCAGAUUCAGAAGUUACCUACAAGCAAUUGUGGAAAAACUUGUAGAAAAUACAAAAAUGCAGAGUGCUACAAAACUGAAAAGCAUAAUCCAAGAUUCAAAGGAAACUAUGGUGGAGUCAGAUCUUCGAAAUCGAAUACAGCCUUUGAAGGAUUUGCUAAUAAAGACAAUAGAUCAUCUGCAAAAUGUUGUUGAACCUCAUGUGUUCAUAGCCAUUUGCCGAGGUUUCUGGGACAGAAUGGGACAGGAGAUUCUACAGUUCUUGCAAAACAGGAGAGACAAUAGAUCCUGGUACAAAGGCUCCCGAAUUGCUGUUUCUAUCUUGGAUGAUAUUUUUGCAUCACAAAUGCAACAAUUACUUGGAAAUGCACUGCAAGAGAAAGACUUGGAGCCGCCAAGAUCCAUAAUGGAAGCACGGUCAGUGCUGUGUAAAGAUGCCGUAAGCCACCAAGACAACAACUACUAUUAUUAGAUUCUUUGUUGCUGUACAUACAGGGUUCAUGUUUUCUUUUGCUCAUUUCUUCAUUGAAGGAGGAAUGGUGAAAAAAAUAUAUAGCUGAAAGAGGACCACACACAUUGACUUCCACAGAAUGAAUUUGUGUCAAUUUUGAUCCAUCAUCUCUCAUUUUUGUAAAGCUUUCCCAUCCACCAUGGCCUUUGUGGUGAAUUUCCCCCCUUGUCAGGAAUGUUAAAGUUUGGGAACUUCAUUGCAACUCAUCCCAAUUAUAGUUUAUAUGUAAAAAUCUUGAUUAUAUAAUCUCACCUAUUAUUCUUCUCCACACGCUGGAGAUUUUAUCUUUAA